AAGGGCAUCGUUACUGAGCUUGCGUGAUUUACUUAACUUAUUUUUAAGUCAACGACAAUUUUCCCACAUAUAGUUUGAAAUCUUCGGUGGUUCAACAUGAACGGAAAAAUGUCAGACGUACGUGAAAGAACAUUUAUUAUGAUUAAACCAGAUGGUGUUCAAAGGACACUAGUUGGUAAAAUUAUUAAACGUUUCGAAAACAAAGGACUAAAAUUAGUAGCGAUUAAAUUUAUUUGGGCUAAAGAAGAGAAGUUUGCGGAACAUUACGCCGAAUUGGCCGGUCGUAAGUUUUUCUCUGCACUUGUAAAAUACAUGAGCAGAGGUCCUGUGAUGCCGAUGGUUUGGGAAGGUCUUCAUGCCGUCGAAAUUGGAAGAGUGAUAUUGGGACAAACAUGCUCUGAGGAAUGUGCACCUGGGACUAUUCGUGGAGAUUUCAGUAUUCAGGGCAACCGCAAUCAUCCCAUGGGCCGAAACGUCGUGCACGGAUCUGACUCUGUCGAAUCGGCGAUUCGCGAGAUCGACUUGUGGUUCAAGAAAGACGAAAUAGUCGAAUGGAAAUCAGCUAUGCACAGUUGGAUCUAUGAAGAGGACGACGACUAGCUUCCACUGCCCUCUAAAGCAAUAUCAUUCGCAAAGAGCAAUCUCUUAUUUAUACUCAUUAAGAUUUUCAAAAUUGUUUAGACAAUUUUUCGAUGUAAAUAAUUAUAUAGGUAGGAAAGUACCUCCACUGCCUUGCCAGUAAAUAUUAGGAAAUGUGAUAGAUUUCAUAUAGUUUUAGUAAAUUACACGUUUCAAAUUUUAAAGUAAUCAAUUUUAAAUGUAUAGGUAUACUUAAGUGGUUAAUUAAAUUGGCGAUUUCUAUUAAGUAGUUACAAUUAUUUUACUACUGUUGUUAUGUAUAAUAAAAGCUGUUUGACAUAAGA